CCACUGCGAGAAGUCGUGUUGGUGGUUCGUGGUCGAGCGCGGCUCUCACGUGGUGUCCAGCCGCUGUGGUGGAAGGUUCUGUCGCCUGUGCAUCUGUGCUAGUCUGUUGGUGUCUGAGAUAUCUCUGGUGAAAUAUUCAGUUUAGUGCAUGUGUGAAUAUGUAAUUCAUGUCAUUUGUCGGAUUGAUCUCAGUGCUUGCGAGUGUCAUGGGGCACUAGAGUGCUGAUGUUCGCCAGCCUCACGGGAGGAAGAUGACGUUCACAGUGUGUCAAGUGUGCAUGUGUUGAUAGUGCAGAUUUGUAAAGUGUCACUAUGCCCGAGUCCCAGGCGAGCUCGGCGGCCCCGGGCCCUGGUCGCACGCCCCUCAGCAACGGCAGGCGACUCCCGCACCCGCAGCGGCGCCUGCUGCGCUCGCAGUCGCUGCCCGUGACGAGCGGGCGGUGGGCGGCGUGCACGCGGGGCGAGACGGCCACGCAGACGCCGGUGCAGGGCGACCUCGCCGACGGCCUCGAGGUGCUGGGCGACGCGGGCUCAGCCGUGUCGGGCGGCGUGUUCUCCGACAUGCUGGGCCCGAUGCCCUCCGAGAUCCUGCCGGAGUCCCACAGCAAGCCGAAGAAGCGCCCCCAGGUCGCCCGCGACACCCGCGCCACCAUCAUGCAGCACUACUACCCCGAGGGCGGCUGGGGUUGGGUCAUCGUGGGCGUGGCCACGGCUGUCCACAUCCUCACCCACGGCCUCCACACCGGCUACGGCGCCAUCCUGGGCAUCACCGUGGCCGAGUUCUCGCAGCAGGCGACGCUAGUAGGUAAGUCGAAGUGAGAGACGUUUUGCAGUAGACAUAUCAGGUAAGUGUAUAUUCAUGUAUACUGUCUCAUUUCAGCCAUAUAGUAUAUGCACUUCCCCAUCAAUGCAGUUGCAGACGUUUUGACAAUUAUUCACAUAAGAAAAAGAAAGAAAAAAAAGAAAAAAAAGAAAAUAACAGUACGAUACAACACAAGUAGAAAAUAUCGACAAAUCGCCCAGUUAUUUCCAGCGUUGAAGUGCUAUGACAGAAAAACCUUAAACAUUGCCUCUAAAAGAAAAGAAAAGAAAAAGAAAAAAAAAAGGAUAAAUAUAUACAGAAAGAAAGAAAAUAAGUCUUAAAGUCUUUCCAUGAAUACUGACAACCUGCUCAGUGUUUCCAGUUGGCAAUGUCAUUUUCCCAGUAUCGUUCAGACGUCUAUAUCGUUUCCUCCUUCCCUUUUUUUUUUUUUUAAACUCCCUUUCUUGUGGAUAUUCAAUUA